AGUAAACUUUUACGGUCGACGUUGAUGAAUUUCUCACCAUCACACAUUGCACGACCACGACGUCGUCUGCUGUCCCUUGUCAUUUGUCAAGAUGACUGCCUUUGCAGAGUUUGGUGUCGUUCCGGAGAUAGUGCAGGCUGUGGAAGAAAUGGACUGGCUGCUGCCAACGGAUGUCCAAGCAGAAGCCAUUCCAUUGAUCCUUGGGGGUGGUGACGUCUUGAUGGCAGCUGAGACUGGAAGUGGAAAGACUGGGGCGUUCUGUCUGCCAGUCAUUCAGAUCGUUCAGGAAUCACUGAGAUCCAAAUCCUCUGGGAAGAUGCAUGGAACUAUCAAAGCAAAAGCAGAUACCCCCAAUUGGCUGAUGAACUCGUUUGACAGAGGCGAUUCAAUGGCUAUAGAUGAAACUGGGUUACUAUGCCAGAGCAGGGAGCACAACUCAUGGCACGGCACACGCUCCAACAAGGGAGUUGUCAAUGGAGGCAGGUAUUACUACGAGGCAACCGUUACCGACGAAGGACUUUGUCGUGUUGGAUGGUCUACUGCUGAAGCUUCCAUGAAUCUAGGCACAGACAAGCUUGGGUUUGGCUUCGGAGGAACAGGGAAAAAGUCCUUUGGUCGGCAGUUUGACACUUACGGUGAGCCAUUUGGAAUUGAUGAUGUAAUUGGAUGCUAUUUGGAUCUCAACAAUGGGACCAUUGAGUUCGCAAAAAAUGGUGUUUACUUGGGCCUUGCGUUUGACAUUCCCAAACACAUUCUUCAGACACCGUUGUACGCUGCUGUCGUUCUUAAGAAUGCAGAAAUGAAGUUCAACUUUGGAGCCACACAAUUCAAGUACAAACCUGAGGGAGGUUACAAACCACUGUGCAGUGCAUCCCCAGAGUGUACGGCCAAAUCAUCCAAUACAGGUGCCCAGCAAGCGGUAGCUGGUAAACCUCAACCCAAUGCACCCAAGGCUAUCAUCCUAGAACCAUCAAGAGAGUUAGCUGAGCAGACACUGAAUCAGAUUAAGUUGUUCAAGAAACAUAUUCAAACUGAUUGUCCAAGAGAGCUGUUGAUAAUUGGAGGUCUACCAGCCAAGCAACAAAUUGAGGCACUUCAGAAUGGGGUGGAUAUAGUAGUGGCUACCCCUGGGAGAAUUGAAGACCUCAUUAGUACUGGGAAACUCUCACUUAAUCAGGUCCAGUUUUUCAUUCUCGAUGAAGCGGAUGGGCUACUGUCAGCUGGUUAUGGUCAACAGAUAACCCGUAUGUACGACCAGAUACCCAAGGUCACCAUGGAUGGCAAGAGGCUACAGAUGGUUGUUUGCUCAGCCACGCUACAUUCAUUUGAAGUCAAGAAACUUGCCGAGAAAUUGAUGCAUUUCCCAACAUGGGUCGACUUGAAGGGGCAAGAUAGUGUGCCAGAGACUGUCCACCAUGUCGUUGUCAAAGUAGACCCUAUUAAUGAUGCGUCAUGGCAACGCAAAGGACCCAAAGUGCAGACUGAUGGAGUGCACAAAAGAGACAACAUACAGUAUGGCAGUCAGAACAGUGAGACGCUUUCUGAAGGGGUCAAGAUCUUAAAGAUUGACUACCUCCUCAAGGCCAUUGCUGAGCACAAGAUGGAUCGAGGCAUCUUAUUCUGUCGCACCAAGGUAGAUUGUGACAAUGCAGAGAGAUACCUAGCAUCGAUGGGAGGCGGUCCAAACAGUUCUGCUGACCAUCAGUUCUCGUGUGUCUGUCUUCAUGGUGACAGGAAGCCCCCAGAACGUCGGGAGAACCUUCAAAGAUUCAAGGAUUGUCAGGUACGCUUCUUGAUUUGCACUGAUGUAGCGGCUAGAGGAAUUGACGUCAAAGGUAUCCCAUAUGUUGUGAAUGUCACGCUCCCUGAUGAAAAAGAGAACUACGUCCAUCGGAUUGGUCGUGUGGGACGAGCUGACAGGAUGGGCCUUGCCAUUUCGUUUGUGUCCACAGUACCGGAAAAGGUGUGGUAUCAUUCGUGUUCCAGCCGUGGCCGAGGCUGUACAAAAACAGCCUUGAAGCAGCAAGGAGGAUGCUGUAUAUGGUACAAUGAAAUGCAGUACCUGGGCGACAUAGAGGAGCACCUUGGGGUUGUGAUCGAUCAGACAGAACCAGACAUGAAAGUGGCCGCCAAUGAAUUCGAUGGCAAAGUAGUGUACGGACAGAAGAAAAUCAAUACAGGGAGUGGUUACAAAGGUCAUGUCGCCAUCUUAGCCCCGUCUGUCGCCGAGCUGGCUGAACUGGAGCAGAAAGCUCAGACGUCAUUUCUUGGGUUCACCGGUGUCCAGAACACACUAUUUGCAGCAUGAAUAAGGUUCGACUUCUUACAUUCUGCAAACAAAAAACACAGUGUGAAGUGUUAUUGUACAAACGACCAUUUCCAGGCAAUUUCCAAGAAGAAAAAAACAUUCAAAUUUGAAAUUCUACAUAAUUGUCUUGAGGAAAGUAAGGCAGUAAAAUUAGAAAAAAGUCUGCUGUAUGCUUCCACAAAGUGUUCCUUUCAUGUGUGGUGCCAAUGGUUGCCUCCAAGUUGCCUGUAAAAAAAGCCUUUUGCAAUGAGACCUUACAUACACAUGGUAGUGCGAAGGCUUUCAGAUUAUUAAUUUUGUUUUUUACCCAUACAGCGGUGUGUGUUAACACUGUAUACUCUACUGUAGUACUUUCCUGA